UUGCCGAUGACUGGUACCAGCGGUGUCAAGAUCGGCCUCUGUGGAGGAGGCUCGUGAAGGACGCUACUGGGCAGUUGGAGGCAGUCGCCCUCCAGCAACAACGGAGGGCGCAGGAGCGACACUCACAACAACGAGCGGAACGCCGGGUGGCUAAAGCACAACAAGUUGGCACAUUCGGGGGCACAGGUGGUGCAUCAGCCAGUCAUCUCAGUCAUGUCAGUCAAUCGACCCGUGGCACCUGGGUCUGCCCCGUGACCUCCUGCCAGCGGGCGUUCGACACUUCACGUGGCCUCAAGGUGCACAUGGCCUGGCACAAGCGUCGUGGUGACGUCACCGCCACUUGGUGGCGAAUGGCGGUUGUUGUUGUUGUUGAGUGUUCGUGACGGCGCCUGCAGGGGGCGCGCCAACUCCCCCGCUGGGUCGCGUCACCGGACGCGGCUCACGACCUGGAAGCGCUUCCACGUGGAGCGCUCACAACAACCACCACCACCACCACGUCUCGAGCUGCUGCUGCUGGUGGUGGUGCUGGUGGUGGUGCUGGUGGUGCUGGUGGUGCUGCUGGUGGUGCUGGUGGUGGUGCUGGUGGUGCUGGUGGUGGCGAGUCAGCUGAUGGUGACGGCGGCGGCGCUGGUCACGGUGAUGUGAGGGAUGGGACGCCACGUCUGAGGAGGAAGAGCGGCCUUGACCAAGUGAAAUCAGCAGGAGCAGCAGCAGGAGCAGCAGCAGGAGCUACAGCAGCAGGAGGAACAGCAGCAGCAGGAGCAGCAGCAGGAGCAGCAGCAGGAGCUACAGCAGCAGGAGGAACAGCAGCAGCAGGAGCAGCAGCAGGAGCAGCAGCAGGAGCUACAGCAGCAGGAGGAACAGCAGCAGCAGGAGCAGCAGCAGGAGCAGCAGCAGGAGCAGCAGCAGCCCCGAGAUGUACACGCUGCUGUCGGGCUUGUGGAAGUACAUGUUCAAGAAGGACGAGUACUGCGUGCUCAUCCUGGGCCUGGACAACGCGGGCAAGACCACGUUCCUGGAGCAGACCAAGACUCGAUUCAGCAAGAACUACAAAGCCAUGAACCUGUCCAAGAUCACCACCACCGUGGGACUCAACAUCGGGACGAUCGACGUGGGCUCCGUGCGUCUCAUGUUCUGGGACCUGGGCGGUCAGGAGGAGCUCCAGUCACUGUGGGACAAGUAUUUUGCCGAGUGCCACGGCGUCAUCUACCUGAUCGACUCCGUGGACGAAGGGCGCCUCGUGGAGUCGAGGGACGCGUUCGACAAGAUGGUUAGCAGCGAGGCGCUGGAGGGGGUGCCCCUGUUGGUGCUGGCCAACAAGCAGGACAUGGAGGGCUGCCUCACGGUGCCCGACAUCAAGACGGCGUUCAGCGACUCCGCCACCAAGAUCGGAAAGAGGGACUGCCUGGUGCAGCCCAGCUCGGCGCUCACCGGGGACGGCGUGAACGAGGGGAUCGAGUGGAUGGUGAAGUGCGUGGUGAGGAAUCUCCACCGGCCCCCGCGGCACAAAGACAUCACCUGACCCCGUCUCCGCUGCCUCGCGCUGCUCCCGCUCGGCGUGGUGGGCGUGGGAUCUUCUCCGUCUGUCUUCGUUCAACUCGACCCGUGGGUUGGGGGGUGGCCGGGUGACGCGCAGGGGAAGGGGGCGAGGGAGGAGCGGAGGGGAGGAGGCGAGGGUUUGGGAAUGGUCGCGUUCGAGACGCAGAACUGGGAACGGCGAAGGUUCUUCAAGUGGCGUUUCAGCCGCCCAGCCUCGGGACCCAUCCGAGACUGGAACCGGCUUCUCGAGUCGAGCUAGUCGACGGUAACUCAGCCCGGUCGCCGGUGAUUUGCAUCUCUAACUUUGUUUUAUUUUCACCACUUAAUUUAGGCGAUUCCAGGCUCCCCUCCCCCACGAAUGAAGCGUUUUACAUCGACAAUUUGACGAGCACCCAGGAUUUCCACCAUUUCCGCUAUCGACGGCAACCCGGAUAAGUCGCUCACUCGGCACGAGAUCGAUUAUCGCAAACUCCGCCGGCCUGCGGUAAAGUUCAACACGCCAACACCGGUACCACCAGAUCUCGGUACUCAUCAAUCGCCACGGUGGCGAGAUGUUAACUACCUCGCCUGGCAAACAGGAGGUCGUGGGUUUGAUCCCAACCCUGACGCCUGUUGUAUUUUUGGAGUUUUCAUGUUCUCCCCGUGGUCGCGUACAUUUUUCUCCGUGUCCUCCGGUUUUUCCCUCCACAUUUAGAAUCAACAGCGUUUAGUAUUUGUGUGUGUGUAUUUGGCUGCUGUGCAUUUACACACGAUGAUAAGCCAAAUUGUUGGGCUCUCAUUUGUGGCCAGGUCGCUUCUGAAAAAGAGCUACAUAGCUUAGUGGGCCUUAGCUAGCCAAAUAAAAACUCCCGCCACCAACAGCAGAUGCCAAUUCCCGGGCUGCGUUCUGGUGGGUGGGUAGGGCGUUGAUGAGCACCGAGAUCUGGUGGUGCCGGUGUUCUGUAGAACUCUACCCCGAGAGGACACCGCACAGUUUGUGACGUCCUGGAUUUGGCCUGCAGUGGGAAAGGUGGUGACCCUACCACUCACCUACCCACCCAUCUGUUCAUUCACUUACCGAUUCACCCACCCACUCAUUCACUUACCGAUUCACCCACCCGCUCAUUCAAUUUCUCAUUCACCCACCCACUCAAUCACAGUACACUGAGCUGUAUCACAGGAUACUGCACAGGUUUGAUAAUAGACUUAGUCGUACUGACUUGAGAAAUAUGGCGUGGGUUUGGUCUGCAGUGGGGAAAAAUGACAGCCGCAGUCUGAGUCCAUUGAUGAAGAAGGCUGCUGCUGCUGCGAGCGAGGAUCUCGUUGUGCGUUUUGAUAAUUGUCGGCCUGUGAACAAGGGGAGGUGGAUUAAACAAAAAAAUAAAAAACAUUCAUUCAUGGCUAUUGGGAUUUAGACUAAUAUCUAAAUGUAAUAAUCUUUUACCUGUAACUGUUGCGUAACGAUAGAUAUUAUCAGACGAUUGCUGCGUAACGAAAGGAAGAGGCACACUUGUUAAUAAACCCUGUUUGGUGUUAA